AUGGUGGAAGAUACCUGCGAAUCUCUGGUCGCCUUCUACAGCUCAUUUUACAGAAGAGAAAGGAGCGGUAUCGGCAUGUCGAGUUGGUUCUGGAAGCGUUUCUUGAGUACUUGGCAAGGACCAGCCGUGUACGCUGUCGAUCUGAUUGGCUGCGGAGUCAGUCACGGAGCCGAUGCUUGGAAUCCGGAAGAGAAAGGCAUGAGUUUUCCUCUUGGAUGGGUCAAGGGAUGUGAGGCGUUGAUGGAGCAAGUCAUUCUCCGGAGUCACACGAAACCCUUUUCGCUCGGCAAGCGGUACCCGACUUGUACCAUCAUGGUUCAAGGGGGCCUUGCUCCAGUGGGUGUAUCCUUGGCGUUUCGGAAUUCCCAAACUGUUGAUCGGCUAAUCUUGGCGUCUCCACCAUCUUGGAAAGACAUGACGACGGCCGUUCCCGAACGUGAAUUGGCCCGCAAUUACAACUUUUUGAAAAGUCCACGUUGGGGCAAUUUGGCCUUUCGAUUCUUGGAAACGCGUGAAGCGGUCGAAUUCUUUUCCAACGCCUUCCUUUUUGAAAAAGGAUGCGAUGCUGAGUGGUUGAACGAAUGCGUCACCGAAAUGGGCGUGGCGGUGCGUCCACCGGUGCAGGUCUUCAACGCUGGUUUUUGCAUGCACCGUUCCUACGCCGAGGAGCUGGAGUCUUUGUCUCAACCCGUCCUGAUUUUACAAGGCCGAGACGACAAAGCACGACUGUCCGAACGAGCGUUAUACGAAACCAGUAUUCCCACCUGUAGAAUUGAGACCUUGCCGGGAAAGAAUGUUUUGCCGUGGGAGUCACCCGAUGCGGUCGGUCUGGUCGUCCGAGAAUUCUUGGGGUUGUAG